AUGUGCCGGCUGCAGUCGUGGAGUCAAAUCCUCCUGCCAGUAUUCUUCUCCCUCUUUCUCGUCCAACUGUUUAUCAGCUUCUCAGAGAAUAGUUUUUCCCAAGUCUCCAGACACAAGAACAAGCACAGACCAAAAUCUAUGGAUGACGAGCCUGAGAAAGUGAUUCAGUGUUUUUGGUGCAGUGAAGAAAGGGCUUGCAAAAAAAUUUGUUUUCCAUAUUUCGGGUGUCAUUUCAGUUCUAUAUUUUGGUUGAACUGUCGUGUUGACAUGUUUGGAUUCCUGAUGCUUCUACUCAUUGCAGUAUUGAUUAUAGUGUUCAUUUGUCAAUGCUUCAUCUAUCAAUAUUACCUGCAGAUAACUCAAGUCUAUAUUGCUGGAAGACCACACACGAUUUACAUUCCUCGUGGGACUGCUCCUGUAUAUAAUGAAUAGAUAACUGAAAAGCUAGAUCAUCCAGAGAGAGAAGAAGGAAGUUUCUUCAAUGUGGUUAAGAAUCCGCCUGCCAAUGCAGGAGACAUGGGUUCGAGCCCUGCUCCCGGAAGAUCCCACGUGCCGCGGAGCAAUUAAGCCCAUGCACCACAGCUACUGAGCCUGCACUCUAGAGCCCACGAACCACAACUACUGAGCCCACAUGCCACAACUACUGAAGCCCGUGUGCCUAGAGCCCGUACUCCGCAACAAGAGAAGCCACCACAAUGAGGAGCCUGCGCACCGCAACGAAGAGUAGCCCCCCCGCUCACCACAACUAGAGAAAGCCCGCGCACAGCAACGAAGACCCAACACAGCCAAAAAUAAAUAAAUAUAUUAAAAAAGAAAAAUUAUCUUGUUUUAGUUUGUAAUUAUAUGGUCACUGGAGAGAUGAGUAAAUCUCUCUAUUGAGGAUACCAAUAAUUUGCCAUAUGCUGCUUGUAUUUUCCCCACUUUGGUAUUUUAACAGGUGCUGAGCUCACCUGUGAGUACAACAAAGUGGGAUGGAGGUGCGAAAAUGUCAGUAGUGACAAAAACAAUAGGUGUGUGUGCAUGUGUAUGUGUGAAUGCACGUGUGUGUAGCCAAAUGAUUUAUGCUUCAAAGAAGUGGUUAAUGGACAAUGGUAUAAAAAUUCUUUUUUACACUUCAGAAAGUUAAACAUAGUCCAGAAUAGGAAAAUCUACAGAGACAGAAAGUAAAUUAGUGGUUGCCAGAGGCUAGAGGAAGGG